AUGGCGGCCAAGAAGGGGGCGGCCCCUGUGGCCGACUCCGGCCUAGGCGGCAUGGACGACAACGUGGCGCAGCUCAGCAAAGGCAGCCGCGUUUGGUACCGCCAGGACGCGACUACAUGGGUGCUCGCCGAAAUGCGGGACGCGCCCAGCGCGCCGCCUCCGCCCGCCGACGGCAAGGCGCCGAAGAAGGGCGCGGCCGCGCCGCCCAAUGUGGCGCCGAUCACGCUGCUCUCCGGCCCGACGGCCGGCAAGCCCGUCGACGCCGUCCCUGUGACGAGCCUCAUGCCGGCAAAUCCGGAGAUGCAGGCGUCCAUUUCCGACAUGACCCAGCUGUCGUACCUUAACGAGCCCUCAAUCCUGGGCAACCUGCAGCUGCGCUACUCGAAGGACGCGAUCUACACUUGCGCGGGGCCGGUGCUGAUCGCGCUCAACCCCUGCAAGGAGCUGCCCCUGUACUCAGAGGAGGUGCAGCACGACUACAAGGCGGUGGCGCACGAGUCGCUGCACACGCUGACCCCUCACGUGUACCUGGUGGCGGGCGCAGCCUACAGGGCGAUGGUGCGGGAGGGGGCCAGCCAGUCGAUUGUCAUCAACGGGGAGUCUGGCGCAGGCAAGACGGAGACCACCAAGCGCGCAAUGAAGUUCCUGGCCUCGCUGGCGGGCGGGCCGGGCCGCGUGGAGGAGCGCGUGCUGGAGACCAACCCGGUGCUGGAGGCCUUUGGCAACGCCAAGACGCUGCGCAAUCACAACAGCUCCCGGUGCGGCGGCGGGGCGCGGCGGCGCGGCUAG